UAAAUACUAAGUCUCGUGUAAGUAUUGUUCUGGUGAGAUAUUUAUCUUAAACCAAGUUUAGUAUCCCUAUCUUUCCCAGUUCACCUCUGCUAUGUGUACACAGGGAGGAGGUCAAUUAAAUUUAUGUCACAAGCCCCUGCAUAUAGAUGCAACAUAUGACAUUAGAAAGAGUACAGCUAGGGCAAAGAACAGGAAGUUCCACACUCAUUUGCUCCAGUUUGAUGGCGAGGGAGGCUGGAGAUUAGAGGAGUUGGACACAGCCACGCGCCUGUCUCUCAAUGAGGAGAAGCAGGGACUGGAGGCUCAGCUGGCAGGCAUACCUAAGAUGCAGCAGAGGCUACAGGAGUUGUGCUCCAUUUUGGGGGAGGACUCUGUGUUACUGGACCAUGGUCAUCUGAUACAGCCAGAGGGGUCAGUGCUGUGAUUUGGACACUGUUCACUGUGCACCCUUAUAAGUCUGAGAUUGACUAUUGUCAAUAUAUUCCACCCAAGGGGUCAGCAGCCUUACAAGUAGGCAAAUCAAAUGAUAUGAUAUAAGUUUAUAAUAAUGAUAGGAAGAGACAUUUAAUCUUUGUGUAAUUAUUAGGUGCCAAAGAUGUCCAAAUAUAGAAUGCAGAGGAUGUUUAAAAACUGUAUGUUGUAGUGUAUUUGUGGUGAAAUUGUUGUUCGAAAAUCAAUGAAAACAAAACAUUUAUCCUAGUGUUGAAUUAUAAUCUGGUUACAACCUCAACUAUUGAAAAAUAACUUAUUGUAUGUUAUAGUGAUAGGUUAUCUGUGGAUGUGAAUACUAUUGUAGACACUUUUUUGAUAAGAAAUGAAAAAAGUGAUACCUUUUGAUGUUCCACCCAGUCUGCACAGAUUUAAACUCCAUAAGUUUCCAGAUCAUUAAUCUGCUGUAGGCUAUUAGAAAAUGUGGCAUAUUCUGCUUCUUGUCCUGUUAUGCUUUAGUUUCCUAGUAAUAGUUGAUUUGAAAUGGCAAAUCAUGAACAAGAUAUUUAUUCUGAAAUAAGGCAGUUUUUAUCUUAAAUAUCCUUACCUGUUAACCUUUUAAAUGGGUUAGAAAUUUCUUUUCUGAUUAGGUGUUUUAAAUAUUAAGUAGCUAGAAGUUCUCCUCUUAGAUAAAGCCAUUUCACUUUUUUUUUUGUCUAGUUUUCAUGAUAUACUGUAUUUAUUGAAAGAUUCUUAAUGCUCAUGAAACUUUUGAUUUUUAUGUAUAUUUAAUUGUCUUUUUGAUAGAAAUGUGAUAUCAUAUUUAUCAAAAUAAUUUUCAAUUUUUACUUAGUUCAUUCAAAGAGAGCACCAGUAUUAUUAAAAUUAAUCUGUGGAAUAAGUUUAAUUUUUUUAAUAUUUGAUAAUCAUUUUUUAGAACAAGUUUCCAGAAAUAAAGUCAGAAUUAUCAUAAUGUAUAACAAAGCAUUGUAGUCAGAGUAUAUGUUAGAAGGCAUUUAAAACAUCUUGUUCACAGAAGGCAUACUUAUACACAUGCACAUAAAAAAUAAAUAAAUGAAAUGUGGUUCAGAUCCUAUGUUGUAAUUUCUUCCUAGAUCUCAAUGAAUAAUCAAUAGUCUCCUGCCAUUGUCUCAGUUUGCCAUCAGUAUUAGUUAGCUUAUUAACAUACCUGUAUUUUAAGUACAUGAAAUGGAUUAUAUUUGAGCAUUGCACAUUUAUCUGUCAUUAGGUUUUACCUGUUAUGAUACUAUAAUAGGAAUUUUGACAUUUAUAUGGGUAACUUCAAAAGACAGUUGAUUCAAAUUUAGUCAGUUGAUUGCAACCCUCUUUACUUUAUAGUGGUUGGGAUGGUAGUUGAACCCAUGUGCUUGUUCAUGCACACAGGGAAAAGGGCCUAUUUUUGAUAAAACUGUUGAGACAGAGAGCUAAAGAAGAAAGCAAGAGUACAUCUUCAUUAUAGAGCAUAAUGUAGGUCUUCUAUAUCAAGGUUCUUUUACACACUCCAACUGGAAACCAUGUCUAGCACCCUGAAACAAGGACAAUAAAUUGGUCGAAAUUGAA